CUGUUCAUUGUUUACUGCAGAAAUAUUCGUUAUGUUUACAAUGAGAGAAAAUCACCAACGGUUCCUCGAUUCGCUAAAGUAUCAAUUUCUUUGUUGUUAUCCGCUGCACUGUAUCGACUGGGAGGCCAUUCCAGAUAACCUUACAUGGGAACAGCAGCAACAACUCGUAGAAAAUACAGUCCUAUAUGCACUCAACCAAAAGUAUCCGGUUAAAAUCAGUUAUCAGCUUAAUUUCCUGAAACGUCUGUUGCAGCAUCUGGAACGCAGAUAUGACGAAGUGCAUGACAGUGUAUAUGAAUGUUACUGUGCCGUUCAGCAGCGAAUAGCACAAGAUACAACUGAAAAGUACGCUUACAAGCAUUAUUUUCAGCCUGCACUUAAAGUUGAACUAACAUUGCGUGAAUCCAAAAGUUUCGUGGCGGAAGGCACAACAGGAUUAUGCAGUUGGCAAGCUUCAAUUGCAUUAGCAGACUACUUAGUAGAGAAUACGCAUAUAGUGAAAGAAAAGUGCGUUUUAGAGCUAGGUGCCGGCACUGGUUUGUGUGGUAUGAUUUUAGUGCGGUGUUGUGGCGUACGUCAUAUAUUACUAACAGAUGGCAGUCGCGAAUGUGUGGAUCUAAUGAAAGAAAAUGUGUGUCGAAAUUUCACGGAAGCUAAUGAAACCAGCGAUGGUCUCUUUGUGGUAAAUCAAAGCACAUUAAGUUUGAAUAAGCUGGAAUGGGGUGCAAUCGAAGAUAUGAAAUGGCCGGAUUCCUUUGCAGCUGAUGUAAUUUUAGCAGCGGACGUAGUAUAUGAUGACACCGUUUUCGAGUCAUUGACGCAUGCCAUCGAUUACGUUUUUAAAAUUAGAAAAGAUAAGUGUGAAAUGUUACUUGCCGCAACGGUAAGGAACGAACACACACUUCAGACGUUUCUGAAUUCACUUUCUCAGCUGCAUUUCCGAUACGUCGAGCGAGAUGUUAUACCUUUGGAUAAAUGCAAUUUUAACUGGGAUCGCACAACCCCUGUGAAAAUUUUUAAUAUAACACGCUAACAAAGUGCAUGUGUGCACUUAUCGUUGGAAUCGAUCCAUCCUGCAAGCACGUCACAUCCAAUUGCUCUAUCUCAUGUUGUUUA